ACUGCCCCAGCCCAGCGAGGACAAGAAGAGCUGCACUGCCUGCCGCUGCUGUUGCUGCCGCCGCCGCUGCCACUGCCACUGGAGGUGGGCAGGCGCCUCCGCGAUUCUUUAUUCUCUCUCCAAAGCCAAGCCCGUUGCUCCUCCCGCUGCUGCCAUCGUGCUCCCGCCUCUGCUAGGCAGGAGCAGACAGGCCCUGCACCGGCGCCCCUGGUCUUUGGGGCCUUCCCUGCAUUUCAGACUCCAGGAGCUACAGAGGACAGCACUGGCUAGUGGGCGGAAGAAUUGUAGCCAACAGGGGUUGCCUUGGCUCUCCAUCAUCGUUUGCCUGCUUCUGAGCUCACAUUUGGGAUUUCUACUUGGAGAGAAUUCUGCUUAUCUCCCACCAUGAUCCUGGAGGGCUGGGGAGGGCCCAGUGCUCCCCCAGCCAUAACUGGCUAAACUUUGAGAUCACAGCUGCCAUCUGCUGCUCCAGGGCACCCAGCAUGGGGGGAGUAGCUCCGAAGAGGCCCAAGGGCACUCCAUAAGAACCCCCACACCCAAGAAGUGGGCUAGAGCUGUAUCAUGCCUCCUCUGCCACUGGAACACAGGCCCAGGCAGCAGCCUGGUGCCUCCUUGCUGGUUCGGUACUUCAUGAUCCCCUGCAACAUCUGCUUGAUCCUGUUGGCUACUUCCACGCUGGGCUUUGCGGUGCUGCUUUUCCUCAGCAACUACAAACCUGGAACCCACUUCACAGCAGCGCCUCCUAUGCCUCCUGAUGUAUGCAGGGGAAUGUUAUGUGGCUUUGGUGCUGUAUGUGAACCCAGUGUUGAGGAUCCAAGCCAGGCCUCCUGUGUGUGCAAGAAGAAUGUCUGCCCUGCUACUGUGGCUCCUGUGUGUGGUUCGGAUGCCUCUACCUAUAGCAACGAGUGUGAGCUACAGCGUGCACAGUGCAACCAGCAACGGCGUAUCCGCCUACUUCGCCAAGGACCAUGUGGGUCCCGGGACCCCUGUGCCAAUGUGACCUGCAGUUUUGGCAGCACCUGUGUACCCUCAGCCGAUGGACAGACUGCCUCAUGCCUGUGCCCUACUACCUGCUUUGGGGCCCCUGAUGGCACUGUGUGUGGCAGUGAUGGUAUUGACUAUCCUAGUGAGUGCCAGCUGCUGCGUCAUGCCUGUGCCCGCCAGGAGCACAUCUUCAAGAAGUUUGACGGCCCUUGUGACCCCUGCCAGGGCAGCGUGUCGGACCUGAACCACAUCUGCCGUGUGAACCCACGUACACGGCACCCAGAGAUGCUUCUGCGGCCAGAGAACUGCCCUGCCAAGCACACACCUAUCUGUGGAGAUGAUGGGGUUACCUAUGAAAAUGACUGUGUCAUGGGCCGUACUGGUGCAACCCGUGGCCUGCUUCUCCAGAAAGUACGCUCUGGCCAGUGCCAGCCUCGAGACCAGUGCCAGGAGACUUGCCAGUUCAACUCUGUGUGCCUAUCCCGCCGUGGCCGUCCCCACUGCUCCUGCGAUCGUGUCAUCUGUGAUGGUGCUUACAGGCCUGUGUGUGCCCAGGAUGGGCACACAUAUGACAAUGACUGCUGGCGCCAACAGGCUGAGUGUCGGCAACAGCUUGCCAUUCCCCCCAAGCACCAGGGCCCGUGUGACCAGACCCCAUCCCCAUGCCAUGGAGUGCAGUGUGCAUUUGGGGCAAUAUGCACAGUGAAGAAUGGGGAAGCUGUGUGUGAGUGCCAGCAGGUGUGCUCGGGUAUCUACGAUCCUGUGUGCGGCAAUGAUGGUGUCACUUAUGGCAGUAUAUGCGAGCUGGAAUCCAUGGCCUGUGCCCUCAAGCGGGAAAUCCGGGUGGCCCGCAGAGGACCCUGUGACCGAUGUGGCCAGUGCCGUUUUGGAUCCCUGUGCGAGAUGGAGACUGGACGCUGUGUGUGCCCCUCUGAAUGUGUGGCCUCAGCCCAGCCUGUAUGUGGCUCUGAUGGGCGCACAUAUGCUAGUGAAUGCGAACUGCAUGUCCAUGCCUGUACACACCAGAUCAGCCUACAUGUGGCCUCAGCUGGACACUGCCAGACCUGUGGAGACACAGUUUGUGCCUUUGGGGCUGUGUGCUCAGCUGGACAGUGUGUAUGUCCCCGUUGUGAGCACCCCCCACCUGGCCCUGUGUGUGGCAGUGAUGGUGUUACCUACCUUAGUGCCUGUGAGCUACGAGAAGCUGCGUGUCAGCAGCAGGUACAAAUUGAGGAGACCCGUGCAGGGCCAUGUGAGCAGGCUGAGUGUGGCUCUGGGGGCUCUGGUUCUGGGGAAGACAAUGAGUGUGAGCAGGAGCUAUGCCGGCAGCAUGGUGGUAUCUGGGAUGAGGACUCAGAGGAUGGGCCAUGUGUCUGCGACUUCAGCUGCCAGAGUGUCCUUAGAAGCCCAGUGUGUGGCUCAGAUGGGAUCACCUAUAACACUGAGUGUGACCUGAAGAAGGCCAGAUGUGAAUCACAGCAAGAACUAUAUGUUGCUGCUCAGGGAGUCUGCCAUGGCCCUACCUUGGCUCCAUUGCUACCUAUGGCCCUCCCCCACUGUGCCCAAACCCCCUAUGGCUGCUGCCAAGACAAUGUCACUGCUGCCCAGGGUGUAGGCUUCGCUGGCUGUCCAAGCACCUGCCAUUGCAACCCACACGGCUCCUAUAGUGGCACCUGUGACCCAGCUACAGGCCAGUGCUCCUGCCGACCAGGUGUGGGAGGCCUUAGGUGUGAUCGCUGUGAGCCUGGCUUCUGGAACUUCCGUGGCAUUGUCACUGAUGGUCAUAGUGGUUGCACUCCCUGUAGCUGUGACCCUCGAGGUGCCGUGAGAGAUGACUGUGAGCAGAUGACUGGACUGUGUUCCUGUAGACCUGGUGUGGCUGGUCCCAAGUGUGGGCAGUGUCCAGAUGGUCAAGCCCUGGGCCAAAUGGGCUGUGAAGCAGAUUCCAUGACACCUGUGACUUGUGUGGAGAUACACUGUGAGUUUGGUGCCUCCUGCGUAGAGGAGGCUGGUUUUGCCCACUGUGUCUGCCCAGCUCUCACAUGUCCAGAGGCUAACUCUACCAAGGUCUGUGGAUCAGAUGGUGUCACAUAUGGCAAUGAAUGCCAGCUGAAGACUAUUGCCUGUCGCCAAGGCCUAGACAUCUCCAUUCAGAGUCUUGGCCCAUGCCAGGAGAUUGUUGUUCCUGGAGCUUCCCCAGCAUCUGCAUCUAUGACCACCCCAAGGCAUGUUCUGAGCAAGGCACUGCCAUCCCCCAACAGUGGCCUUCCUCUGGCUCCCAGUAGUACCAUCCAUGAUUGGCCCACCCCACUACCCACAUCACGACCUCAGACUACAGUCAGCAUCCCCAGGAGCACUGCAUGGCCUGUACUGACUGUGCCUCCAACAGCACCCACUGAUGUAACCAGUCUUGCCACAUCAAUCUUCAGUGAAUCUGGCAGCACCAAUGGGAGUGGCGACGAGGAGCUGAGCGGAGAUGAGGAGGCCAGUGGGGGCGGGUCUGGGGGACUGGAGCCCCCUGUGGGCAGCAUUGUGGUGACCCAUGGGCCACCCAUUGAGAGGGCUUCCUGCUACAACUCACCUUUGGGCUGCUGUUCAGAUGGCAAGACACCCUCACUGGACUCAGAAGGCUCCAACUGUCCUGCUACCAAGGCAUUCCAGGGAGUGCUGGAGCUUGAGGGGGUCGAGGGACAGGAGCUGUUCUACACACCUGAGAUGGCUGACCCCAAGUCAGAGUUGUUUGGGGAGACUGCAAGGAGCAUUGAAAGCACGCUGGACGACCUAUUCCGGAAUUCAGAUGUCAAGAAGGACUUCUGGAGUGUCCACCUACGGGACCUGGGGCCUGGCAAAUUAGUCCGUGCCAUUGUGGAUGUUCACUUUGACCCUACCACAGCCUUCCAGGCACCAGAUGUAGGCCGGGCCCUGCUCCGACAGAUCCAGGUAUCCAGACCAUGGGCCCUGGUGGUGAGAAGGCCUCUGCAGGAGCAUGUACGAUUCUUGGACUUUGACUGGUUCCCCACUUUCUUUACGGGAGCUGCCACAGCCAGAGCCACCACUGUGAGCCGACUGCUAGCCUCUGCUGUCACCCCACGAGUCUACCCCAGUCACACCAGCUGGCCUAUUGGCAGAACCACAGCACCACUAACCACACGCCGGCCACCUACAACUGCCCCUAGCACUGACCAGCCUCAGACCCCAGGCCCUCAACAGCCCCCAAAGUCCUGUGAUUCCCAACCUUGCCUCCAUGGAGGCACCUGCCAGGACCAGGAUUCUGGCAAGGGCUUCACCUGCAGCUGCACUGUAGGCAGGGGUGGCACUGUCUGUGAGGAGGUACAAUUCCCCUCUGUGCCAGCUUUUGAGGGCCACUCCUUCUUGGCAUUCCCCACCCUCCGGGCCUACCACACACUACGUCUGGCAUUGGAAUUCCGGGCACUGGAGAAUGAAGGACUGCUACUCUACAAUGGAAAUGCACAUGGCAAAGACUUCCUGGCUCUGGCUCUGCUGGAUGGACAUGUACAGUUCAGGUUUGACACAGGCUCAGGGCCGGCAAUACUAACGAGCUCAGUGCCAGUGGAACCAGGACGAUGGCACCGCCUAGAAUUGUCACGGCAUUGGCGGCAGGGCACACUUUCUGUGGAUGGCGAGACUCCUGUUUUGGGUGAAAGUCCCAGUGGCACUGAUGGCCUCAACUUGGACACAAACCUCUUUGUAGGUGGUGUCCCAGAAGAACAGGCUGCCAUGGUGCUUGAUCGGACCUCUGUGGGCAUCGGCCUGAAAGGAUGCAUUCGUAUGCUGGACAUCAACAACCAGCAGCUGGAGCUUAGCAACUGGAAGGGGGCUGUGGUCCUAAGCUCUGGUGUGGGAGAAUGUGGAAACCACCCCUGCUUGCCUAGCCCCUGCCAUGGUGGGGCCCUGUGCCAGGCACUGGAGGCUGGCAUGUUCCUCUGUCAGUGCCCACCUGGCCGAUUUGGCCCGACUUGUGCAGAUGAAAAGAGCCCCUGCCAGCCAAACCCCUGCCAUGGGGCAGCCCCCUGCCGUGUGCUUUCCAUGGGUGGGGCCAAGUGUGAGUGCCCCCUGGGACGAAGAGGUGCCUUCUGCCAGAUAGUCCUAGAGACUGGUGCUGGCUCCCGGCCCUUCCUGGCUGACUUUAGUGGCUUCUCCUACCUGGAACUAAAAGGCCUGCACACCUUCGAGAGAGACCUGGGGGAGAAGAUGGCACUGGAGAUGGUGUUCUUGGCUCGUGGGGCCAGUGGCUUACUCCUCUACAAUGGGCAAAAGACAGAUGGCAAGGGGGACUUUGUGUCCCUGGCCCUGCAUAACCGGCACCUGGAGUUCCGCUAUGACCUUGGCAAGGGGGCUGCAGUCAUCAGGAGCAAGGAGCCCAUAGCCCUGGGCACCUGGAUCAAGGUAUCCCUGGAACGAAAUGGCCGCAAAGGUGCCCUUCAAGUAGGCGAUGGGCCCCGAGUGCUAGGGGAGUCUCCGAAAUCCCGCAAGGUGCCUCACACAAUGCUCAACCUCAAGGAGCCCCUCUAUGUUGGAGGAGCUCCUGACUUCAGCAAGCUGGCCCGGGGAGCUGCAGUGUCUUCUGGCUUUGAUGGGGCCAUCCAGCUGGUGUCUCUAAGCGGCCACCAGCUGCUGACUCAGGAGCAUGUAUUGCGGGCAGUGGACAUCUCACCUUUUGCAGACCACCCUUGUACCCAGGCCUCAGGCAACCCCUGCUUUAAUGGGGGUUCAUGUAUCCCAAGGGAAGCCACUUAUGAAUGCCUGUGUCCUGGGGGCUUCUCUGGGCUGCACUGCGAGAAGGGGCUAGUUGAGAAGUCAGUGGGGGACCUAGAAACACUGGCCUUUGAUGGGCGGACCUACAUCGAAUACCUCAAUGCUGUGAUUGAGAGCGAGCUGACCAAUGAGAUUCCACCCCCUGAAACUCUGGAUUCCGGGGCCCUUUUCAGUGAGAAGGCACUACAGAGCAACCACUUUGAAUUGAGCUUGCGCACUGAGGCCACUCAGGGGCUAGUACUGUGGAGUGGCAAAGCCACAGAACGUGCAGACUAUGUGGCUCUGGCCAUUGUGGAUGGACACCUGCAGCUGAGCUAUGACUUAGGUUCCCAGCCAGUUGUGCUGCGCUCCACUGUGAAGGUCAAUACCAACCGCUGGCUUCGAGUCAGGGCUCACAGGGAACAGAGGGAAGGUUCUCUUCAGGUGGGCAAUGAAGCCCCUGUGACUGGCUCUUCCCCGUUGGGUGCCACACAACUGGACACAGAUGGAACCCUGUGGCUUGGAGGCCUGCAGAAGCUGCCAGUGGGGCAGGCUCUACCCAAGGCCUAUGGCACAGGUUUUGUGGGCUGUCUGCGAGAUGUGGUAGUGGGCCAUCGCCGGUUGCACCUGCUGGAGGAUGCUGUCACCAAACCAGAGCUAAGGCCCUGCCCCACUCCCUGAGCUACUACCACCAGAGCUCCCACCCUCCCUACUGUAAUUAUUUUUUAUUUUUGUAAACUUGUUGCUUUUUUAUAUGAUUUUCUUGCCUGCACGUUGGCCAGAAGGACUGUUGGCCUGGCCUCCUUUCCGUCCAGGCAGCUGUGCUGCAGAAACAAAGUGGUGCUGAGGGACUCAUAAGUAGAUCGUGGCAACCUAGAACCCUUGACUUUGAAGGCAGCCUUAGGACACACUCCUCUGUCUAAGGUACCAUGCCUCAGACUCUUGCACUGUACAUCCCUACCUGCCCAUUUGUAUUGGUCUUUUGGGUCUCCUGGACCAUUGGCAAGCCCUAUUCCCAUGUUAUUAAUGCUUUAUUGGAUGAGAACUGUGUCCCUGAGCAGGAGGGAGCUGUUGGAGCUGAAGAGGCUCUUCAUUAGAGCAAGUACCAUUGGGUCCUUUGUAGGUUUCCACUUAAGCUGCUCUCCUGCAUAUGCUGAGGACCAGCCUCAUCCCAGGCUAGCCUGGACCCCUAGUGCUUCCUGUACCAAUACUGUGAUUUAGAAAAGUUAUUAAUAUCGGGGCAUCAUUUUACUUCCCCAAAUGUGUCUGCCUAUCCCAGGGUGCUGGAAACAAGCCAGGCUUCAUCUAAGUUGUCUUGACUGGCCCUCAGCUGGCCCUACCCACCUACCCAGCCACUGUGGACACAGCCAUCCUUUCUCUAAACACCAGGCCACUUAGGAGUCCCUAAGAGGGAGUGGGUAACUAUGGGAUGUGGUUGACCUCCAUUGCCUACCUGCCUGAGCAGUCAGCUGCAUCUGUCUCUCAAAAGAUAUCUAAGCCAGACUUCUAACCAUAUUCUUUAAGCAUUGAUUUUACUUGAUUUCUGAUCUGGAAGUGUUGUCAUUCCUGUUUUAACUCACAGCAACCAUUAAUUGGUCUGAUGUGAGGGCAACCCUCAGUUGGUCCAUUGUAAGGGUAGUUAUUCUUGUCUGAAUGACAGUUAUCUGCCCAAUGUCCAGCCAAGGGCAAGUACAGGGGUAGCAGAGGUGGCUAUAGAGCCAAAAAUGCCUUAAACUACAGCAACCAUCUGUUUCUCCACUCCCUGUCCUUAAUGUCCGGCACAGUCAUUUUGGGAGAAAGACCAGACAGAUCUGGGUUGGGGGCAGCCUGACAUUUUUCCUGCUGUGGUGGUCCAAGGCUGGAAGGAGCUGCAUGGUAUCUUGUUACUAACUCCAGUAUGUGUCUAUGUCAAAUACCAUAAAAUAAAGUGUGAAAACUUUAAAACAGGGA